ACUUACAAAUUGAGUUGUUCCUUGUUUGUUUUGGAUUUAUAGACCUUACCAUGUUGGAUGCACUGUCUGUUGGAGCCUAGAGGGAUGGUACUGAAGGUUGCUUCAGGCGACAUUGUGAAGGAGAAAUAUUUGAAAGAUGGAAAGUUUUCCAUUAACAUGGAAGAAUACCUACACAAAGAUUAUCGUCGGGUAUAUAUCGAAGAAGCCAAUAUGGAGAAUGCACUGCUCCCGUGUCCCUUAGUCGACGAUUCAUUGAUGACAGUAGGUCAAGCUGUAAAUGGUCAUGUGGCAUGGCCAAAAGACUAUCUUACACCUGUUGGGAAAUAUUUGACACAACCACCCACCAAGAAACUUCAGAAGCAACCCGUGAAGAAAAGCUCUGAAGAUUUACUCGGUCCUCCAACACAGCCUCUAAAACACCCUGGGAGGCCGAGUAAGGCAAAAGUUAAUGCAAAGUAUGCCCAACCACACCAAACUUCUUCCAUUAUUGCAUUUUGGAACUUCGUCAAAAGGUGGCCCAAGUCAUCCAUGCUCCAACUCCAAGUCCAGAAUGAGCUAUUUGGGGUCGCAGAUGACUCUAUUUGGCUUGCUAAGAGUGACAUUCAAGAAUUGUGCACCAUGCAAUACUUGGGAGCACAACAAAUAGGAGUUUGGUGCAAGUAUGUUUAUAACUCUUAAUAAUAAACUCGCUAAUGUUCUU